GCCACAUUGUUGGUCUAAGUUAGUCACGCGAUGUAAGAGAGUAGCGGCCAUUCUCGAAUCAUCUGCUAAAUCAAGUUUUGACAUGUGAAUGGGUUUAUCAACCAAAACAGUUACUGUUGUUUACCCACGUGUAGACCAGAAGUAGCCAGACCAAACAGGAAGCACCAUGGACAAGCCACAAAUUAUUGCUCAUAUUCAGAAGCCUUUGGAAUACACACUUUUCGAUGCUAAAUGGAUUCCUUGUUCUGCAAAGUUCGUGGUACUAGGGGGAUUUGCAAGAGGAACGGGAGCAAUACAGGUGUAUGAAGUUUCACAUGGCGAUGUCCAGCUGGUUCACAAGGUUGAAAAGUCCAAAACAUUUAAAUGUUCUACAUUUGGAGCAUCAACACUGCAGCAGCGUUUCCUAGCAACAGGUGAUUUCGAUGGAAAGAUGCAGAUAUGGAAUCUUGAUUCCACUGAACUGCCGGUGUAUUCAGUGAAGGCCCAUAAGGAGAUCAUCAACUGUAUUGAUGGUGUUGGAGGCCUGGGCAUAGGAGAAGGGGCGUCAGAGAUUGUCACCGGCAGUCGAGAUGGGUCUGUGAAAGUUUGGGAUCCCCGCCAGAAGAAUGACCCAGUGGCAACAAUUGAGCCAGGGGAAGGAGAGACUAAGAGAGACUGUUGGAGUGUGGCUUUUGGUAAUGCGUUCAACGCCCAGGAGAGAUGUGUGUGUGCUGGAUAUGACAAUGGGGAUGUCAAGCUGUUCGACCUGAGGAACAUGGCACUGAAAUGGGAAACAAACAUCAAGAAUGGAGUGUGUGGUCUGGAGUUUGACAGGAAAGACAUCAACAUGAACAAGCUGGCAGUUACCACCCUGGAGGCCAAGUUCCAUGUGUUUGAUAUGAGGACGCAGCAUCCCAAGAAGGGCUUCACAGGUUUAUCAGAGAAAGCACACAAGUCAACAGUGUGGCUGGCACGGCAUCUGCCCCAGAACCGAGAUAUCUUCAUGACAGGCGGGGGCAAUGGCUCCCUCAACUUAUGGAAAUACUCCUACCCUGACAAGCGUGUAGUAGAAGACAGUGACGGUGUCGCCAUGGGCGUAGUUGGUUCGGUCAACUUGUUGCAGAAUGUCACAAUGUCCACUCAGCCAAUCAGCAGCUUUGAUUGGAGCCCAGACAAGGAGGGACUUUGUGUGUGUACGUCAUUUGACCAGAAUCUCAGAGUGUUGAUUGUUACCAAGCUCAACAGAGUGUAACAGCAGUUCGCAUGAAAUACCUGUUCAUCCUUUUAAGAGACACUUCACAGAAUGGUGCAUGCAUUAAAUCACCCACAACAUACAGAGUAUUUAGUUCUCAUUAAAAGCGGAUCCUUAACUCCAAUAUGCUACCUCCCUUCAACUAGAUCUAAAUAGACUUCCAUAGAGGUCAUGUCAAGUGAACACUGGGUGAAUACUGAUUGCCAGUAUAAAGAAAAUAUGUGUGGGUCUUUGAAUCAAUGUUAAAACUUCACUGCCAUUCUCAUUUUGUUUAAUUGUCACCUUGACUUGGAAAUUUUGCGCAAAAUAAAAAGAAUGCCAGAGAUUAGAAAUAUUCCCUCAAUAGUACACUCUUCUGAAUAGAUGACCUAGGCCACGUUUCACAAAGCUCUCGUAAGCCUAAGAUAUCGUAACUUUCCUCGUAGCAUUCCUACCUACUAUACUGUAACAUUGACUUACGAUAGUCGUAGCGCUACGAGAGCUUUGUGAAACGGGCCGUGGCGCUCAGAGUUCGAGGAUGUCUAAGUUAUCUACAAUAAGAUCACUGUUGUUUUCAUAUUUGAUAAUGUUGUGUUCUAAAUAAACUUUUGUGAGUGCUUCACGCACUUGUACUGAGAAAAAAGAAGACAGGUGUCGUAUAGGAGUAAACGAUUUGAUUGAACUGAGUUGAUAGUGUAUUUCAUGUGGUCACACUAGUGUCGUUUGAGGGGAAAUGUUAAGC